AUUUCUUCACGUCGUUAGCAGUCGUCAGUCCUUCGCCGUUCUAGAAGAGUGGCACCAAUUCGCAGAUUCACUUUGUCCCGGAUUGUGCAUUCUCCUCUUUUCCGUGCAACAAUGGGUCUCCUUGGUGUUAGUGUGAUUUUAUUGGGUAGUCUUGCCAUCCUGGGUUAUGCCGAGGAUCCAGCGAAAGGACCGAAAGUCACGGAUAAGGUGUUCUUUGAUAUUGAGAUCGGAGGCGAGAAGGCCGGGCGCAUCGUGAUCGGACUGUUUGGGAAGACGGUGCCCAAAACGGUGAAGAAUUUCGUGGAGCUGGCACGGCGUCAUGAGACGGAGCCCAGCGCCGACGGCUCACUGGUGGGCUACAAGGGCAGCAAAUUUCACCGGGUGAUCAAGGAUUUCAUGAUCCAAGGAGGCGACUUCACGAAAGGUGAUGGAACUGGCGGCAAGAGUAUUUAUGGAGAACGCUUUGCUGACGAGAACUUUAAGCUGAAGCACUACGGUGCUGGCUGGCUGUCCAUGGCCAACGCUGGUAAAGACACCAACGGAAGCCAGUUUUUCAUCACAACCGUCCAGACGACGUGGCUCGACGGGCGCCACGUGGUGUUCGGAAAAAUCCUCGAAGGCAUGGAUGUGGUUAGGAAAAUCGAGAAAGGCGAGACAGAUCGUGGCGACAAGCCGAAGAAGGAAGUGGUCAUUGCGGAUUCGGGUGUGAUUGAGGUGCCGGAACCCUUUUCGGUCGGCAAGGAUAACGCUGUUUAAAACUCAGACGCUGCGCGUAGAUAUUGGUUAAUUUGUGCCUUUUAGGUUUUUCGUUAUUCAAAUUUGUUUUAUCGCAGAUCAUUUUGAUCGAUGGGGAUUUUGUUGUUAAUUUUUAGGAUUUCUGUCAAACUUUUAACUUUCUGGUCAACCGGUUUAUGUUAUCUCUGAUGUACUUUUGGCUGCUUGCAUAGAGAAAAAACUAGUAAAAAUCUUUUAUGUUUGUAA